AUGAGGAGCGUCUUCAAGCGCUACAAGCUGCUGAAACUCGCGAUGGGAGAAGAGAAGAUGCCGGAGGAAGGAGAUGCCCGCGACCGAUGGAUUGAGCGGAGCGCGGUGCUGUACGACCUGAUUCUACAGUCCGUCAACAACGAUAUGUUCCAGCAUAUCAAGGAUUUGGUGGAGCUGGACGACUCCGGACCGAAGGCGUGGAAGCUGCUACGCGACGUGGUACAACCCAACACGCUGCCGAUGGUGAUCGUAUUGGAGAAGGAGCUGGCUGCCCUCUCCAUGAAGCCGGGAGACGAUGUGAAGCCGGUUCUAGACAAGAUCAAGGAUACUUACGCGAGGAUGGCAGCGGCCGGCAGCAAGGUGUCGGAGAUGCAGCAAUGCACCAAGAUCAUCUCGGUGCUCGACAACUCAUGGGACAACCUCAUCCCCACCCUCAACGUUCAGCAGGACAAGUGGACGCCUGAGUGGCUGCGGCAGCAGAUCCUGCAGGAGGACUUCCGCAGGCGCCAUACGGGAGGUGGUGCUGCCAACAAAACUGCUGAGGGAUAUGGAGCUGCAGGAGGUAGUAGAGGAAGAGGGGGAGGGAGAGGCCGAGGCCGUGGGAGAGGCUUUGGCAGAGGAAGAGGCCGAGGUGACUACAACGAGGGGCAUGGGAGCUCUGGUGGCAGGGGGAGCACCCGAAUGGAGGGUGCGUGCUGGUACUGCAAGAAGGCUGGACACCCGUGGUUCAAGUGUUUCAGCCGGCCUGAGGGAUGGGCACCUCCAGGCAUGAAGCCGCCAAGUGGUGAACGCGCACGAGGUGGCGCUGUGCAAGGUUCAGGUGCACAAGGUGAUGGUGCACAAGGUAAAGCUGACCCUGGGUUGUUCCUCAUGGUUGAGGAUCCGAAAGUGAGUGAGGAUGAUGUGGGUUCGGUUGGGAAGGUUGUGAUGCACCCCCUCACUCACUGGGUGAUAGAUUCAGGUUGCACGAGUCACAUGACUCCGCGGGCAGAUUUGCUUGACGAGGUGAAACCCCCUGGGAAGAUCAAGUUUGUGGCUGCCGCUUCAGGUGCUUUGCUCCCUGUGAUUGGUGUUGGGAAUGCCAAGGUGAUGGGAGCCAAUGGGGGACUUGUGGGACUUGGGAAUGUCCUGCUAGUUGAAGGUUUAUCCGCUAACCUCCUCUCUGUGCGCCGGCUGCAGAAAAGUAAGGCCAAAGUUACCUUCGGCCCAACCAGCUGCCGCGCGAAGCUUGGGAAGUUGCUGCUGUGGGAUUUGGAGGAGAAGAGCAGCUGCAUCAAGGACCUGUGGCAGCUGCCCAUCAUCCCUUGGAAUGGGAAACCACCAGCAACGGCAAAGGCAGCGGCAGCGGCUAAGGCAACUGCGGGAGGAGAGGAGACUGCACCAACUGCUGGGGCCCUGGAUGCAGUCAAGAAGGUGCAGCAGCCACAGCAACCACAUGGUGAGAAGUUGGUGAAGGAUGGGAGCUUGAAGGGACUGGAGGUGAAGGGGGCAGCAACGGAGAUUGGGAGCUGCCCUACGUGCCUUGAAACGAAGUUCACGAAGUUUCCCUUCAGCAGCAGCACGGGACCAGCCAAGGCACCGCAUGCGCUUGUGCACAUGGAUGUGGUGGGUCCUACGAGGGCCCCUUCUCUCUCGGGCAGCCGCUACUUCUUGACCAUUGUGGACGACCACACGCGUGCGGUGUGGGUCUACCCUCUCAAGACUAAGGGGGAGGUGGCAGCGGCUGUUCUCAAGGAGUGGAUGCCGAGAGCACAAAGGGAGAGCGGACACAAGGUGAAGGUGAUCCGCACCGACAAUGGGGGAGAGUUCAUUGGCGCUGAUUUUGAGGCGGUGCUGAAGAAGAAGGGGAUUCAGCAUCAACUUACAGUGCCCUACAACCCGCAGCAGAACGGCGUGGCUGAGCGGUUCAAUCGGUCCCUGCAGGUGCUCGCACUCUACUUGGGCGUGCAGGGUUGCCGGAUCCGUUUUGGGUGA